UUGUGGAUCUAUAUACAUUUGCAAGGUAGCCAACAAUCGAAGCAGAAAAAAACUAAACCUUUCCAUUCAUUGGAUAAUCAGUUAUCUAACGAUUCGGCAACUGGUCGCCAUCGCGGUUCAUAGGUCACAUUAUAGAUAGAGUAUCACAAUAUGUAUCAAAGAGUUAUAAUUGUCAUUACAUUCAAGUGUAAACCUUCGUCGAAAGAAAAAGUAUAAAAUAAAAGAAUCCAUUUAGAUUUAACAUAUUUUUUUGAAGUUUCUUAAAGUGACGAUUUAAUGGUAGCACUAUCCACGUGGUGUGCCAAAGCUGCGGCUUUCAGGGCCGUGAUAUUAGGUGCCCCUGCUUCUGGUAAGGGCACCAUGUCAGCUAGAAUUGUUGAACAAUUUAAAUUAACUCAUAUAUCAAGCGGCGAUAAGUUAAGACUUCAUAUGAAUAAUAAAACUGAAUUAGGCAAAGCAGUCUCGAAUUAUGUACUUUCCGGUAAAUUUGUUCCUGAUGAUAUAAUGAUCUCAAUGAUAAACGAAGAAAUCAAAGCGAUCGGGAAUCAAAAUUGGUUAUUAGACGUUGGCAUUGAUACAGGAUUUCCAAGAACGUUAACGCAAGCGGAAAAGCUACAAAAAAUACAUCCAAUUAAUUUGGUUCUUUAUCUGGAUGUUCCCUUCGAAGUAAUAUUAAAUCGUGUGAAAAAUAGAUGGGUUCAUUUGCCUAGUGGAAGAGUAUAUAAUAUUGGAUUUAAUAGUCCCAAAAUAUUGGGUAAAGAUGAUGUGACUGGCGAACCUUUAAGUAAAAGGGACGAUGAUAAGAUCGAAAUUGUACAAAGAAGAUUACAAGAAUAUUCAAAUGCGACUAAACCAAUUUUAACAUUUUAUAGUAAUUUAGGAUUGUUAAAUACUUUUCGAGGUAAUACUACCGAUGAAAUAUGGCCGCAUAUUAAGAAAAUCGUCACAAAAUUUUUGUUACAAUAGCAAAUUGUUAGGAUGCAUUAAUAUUUUGUAAAAAUGUAUAAUGAAUUAAUUUAAAAUUGAAUUAAUUUAUACUAUAGUGAUCAUAUGCUUCCAUUAAUUUACGCACAAAUAUUGAUGAAUUCAGUAAAUUUAUACAAAUUAUGCAAAAAAA